AUGAGUAGAACUAGAGAAAUACAGGAGAAAUUGAACCUACAGGCAGAACUGCAACUUUCGUUUAGUAACACUAAGUCAAAGGUGGCAAAAUGGUUGGAACAAACCACUGAUGAAAAAAAAGAUCAUACCAAGGAGGAAACAGACCUAAGAGAGCUUCAAGAUAGUAAAAAGGCUUUUUUCCAGCUACCUGUAGUGCAGAUUGGUUCCGGUUUGAAUUUUGCUCUUGAAGAUGAUAACCAGUCCAAAGAUGAUAUACAUACCAUCGGGGAAUUUAUAGCCAGUGACAAAAAGAUUAGUUCUCUUUCCAAAAAGAAAAAACGUGUGGAGCAAUCUGACGUCAGGAAUAAUAUGUAUAGAAUCGCAAAAGAUGAUACAAGAGCAAUGGUUGCCCUAAAGAGGAAGAUGAGGAAGGACCAGCGAGAAAACAUUAGGACGGGGCCAAAACAGGUCAAAAAAGAGACUAGAACAGGGGAAACAGGUUCAUCAAGAACGACUACUCCACAAGCCAAUAAUGAUGAAGACAGUGAAGAUAGUGAUAAUGAUGAUGCCCCCAUACAAAGAACUGCCAAGAAAUCUUUCGGGCUACUAUUUGAUAACAAUAAGAAGAGGCGAAAAUAA